AUGCUCAAGCUGUUUCAGCCGGUUUUGAGAGUGCAAUUCCGGCCAUUUCUAGCCAGUUUUUGGGGUAGGUCCAAGAACAAAAGUGUUUCCAAGUUUGGUGUUUUACCUAAGCUAGGAGUUUGGGCCGGCGGUUUGGAGUUUUUCUUGCCGCCAGGAAUUUAUCAGGCCACCCACGUGCUACCGGCACGUGGGCAGUUUGGUGGGGACCACAUUCAAUCCUUGAAUGAUCCUUGUGUUGUCACGAGCUCGUAG